AUGGUACAUGCACCCAAUCAUCAAGGCACUUGCCAAGUAGUCGCCCUCUUAUCCCCUUUGCCACAACCGCCACGCGUAUUGACCCUCCCCUCCCUCCCACUGUGCCAUGGGACAAACUACACGUCCGCAUGCUCGCUAGUUGGUUUAGCCUAUCAGUUUAUAUCCCCCGACAGAGUGGUUGCUGCAAGCUAUUUUGGAGAAGUGCAGGUGAUUGGAAUCGAACGCAUACCUGAAGAAGGGCCGGUUAUCUUUGUAGGGAACCACAAUAACAAAUUUGUUGAUGCGAUUCUUCUUAUGGCCUACAUACCGAGACAUAUUCGGUUCCUGAUUGCAGCUGUUUCGCUUAAAGUCCCUUAUUUCGGUGCUUGUGCUCGCCUAUUAGGGAGUAUUGGGGUGGAUCGACCGCAAGAUCAGAAGUUCACAGCCAUGGGUAAGAUCGUGAGGAUUUGUGAUGCAAGCCGGGAAAAGCAGCUGGUGAGCGAUCUAAAGACGAAUGUGAUGAGGCGAAUCGAGUCCAUUCAAAAUGGCACUCCCGGCGGCUGGAACCAUUCUCCCAGAGGGUCCCGAUCCCCCGAUGGCUCUGAAGCAGAGAUGCCUGGAAAUCACCAGAUGAACCGAGACCAUGCCGGAAAACAGCUAGACCCAGUCCGAGAUGGCCCGUCGAAAUCUGAGGGAUGGGACAGUGCGGGUGAAUCAGACGGGAAGACGCCGUUGAACACCGAAAAGCGGGCGCGUGGUCAGGUGUUCGCGGAGACACCGUCCCCUUCGGACACUCCUGUGCCUUUUGCUCCGGCCAUGGAAUUCGAUCUGAAGACCAAAGACGAUCUGAAGACCAAAGGCGAUCUGAAGACCAAGGGCGAUAUGAAGACCGAGGGCGAUCUGGAGACCAAAGGCGAUCUGGAGUCGAGGCGGCGGUCCGUGGACCUGGGCUCCGAGGAGGUCCUGGUGGUGGGCAAUCCCUUCACGCGUUUCCCGCUGGAGUUAAAGCCGGGUUUCAAAAUCAAGGUCGACGGUUACGUGAAGUGCAGCGGCCUAUUUGUUGAAGACGGGCAAGUCCAGCGACCGUGUGAUCUGGCAGCGGACCGGUCGGGGGAGGAGUUGACUGCUGAUCUGUCCCACUCAAGUCCCCGGUCGGAGUCAGCGGAGGUGAAAGUGUGUUGUACGUUUGUUGUAACAGAGAUAAUCGAUGACCACUACCUGCUGGCAUCGGUGGAGAGGCGGGCACCGACUCAACGUGUCGGUCCAGCCAUGGAGCGCGGACUCAGCAGCGUCGAAGGCGUGCCCGUGGUCGCCUCACCAGAUCACCACGCCCGCAGUCCGGGUGAACCGAAACUCCGCAAAAACCAGAGCUGGGCUCCCGUCACGGCGCCUGGGGAGCACACACGAGCCGAGUUCCAGAACGCCGGGUCCCAGGGCGACCCGGCGGCAACCAGCCACUCCGCGGGUGAAAGUUCCCAAGCACGGAAACGACAAUCGGGGAAGAAAAACAAACCAUUCAAGUCGCUCAGCUUGCACCUGCAACACACACCCCCGCCACCUGCACCCACCUCCCGCGAGAGCGAAUCUUCGCUCAAGCAGAGAGACAUGAGGCCAAGAAACCCAGGAGAAGACGAAAUAGUGGGGCAAGACGUAAUGAUAGAGCCCCAUGACCAAGGCGUUGCGGACUCGGCGGUGCCGGCCCCGUCGAUAGUUAGUAAGGAGUCUUCAUCAAGCAAGGAGCGGCCACAUGAGGUGUCGGCGGCUGAUCAGCAGAAGGGAAGUUGCUUCACGAUUUUACCCCGCGUGGACCAGGGAAUGGUGUUCGAGUCGGUAUCUACGGCGUUGUAUGAGGGGUCGAGCAUUUGCAUUUUCCCGGAAGGCGGAAGUCACGACCAGCCGGACCUGUUGCCGUUAAAGCCAGGUGUGGCGAUCAUGGCCCUAAACGCGUACGAGUUGGGAGUUCGGGACGUGAUGAUUGUGCCGGUAGGGCUACAUUACUUCGACCGACGAAAGCUUGGCAGUGACGCCGUGAUCGAAAUCGGCCGCCCGCUCCUGGUCUCACCCAAGGUCGCUCGUAAGUUUCAUCUGGCACAGGAACUGAGUACUCUGGAACAGAGUACUCUGGAACACAGCACUCUGGAACAUGAUCCGCUGGAGCACAGCUUGCCAGGUUAUUUGGGACAGGAUGAACACAGGCCUGGGGCCGUGGGAGUCACUGCCGCGGAGGAGUUGCGAGCGGCGGGUGUGGAUCAUCGCGAGCUGAAGCGCGAGGCGGUGUCGGAGUUGAUGGACAGCAUCCGCGAGGGCAUGAAGAGCUGCACAGUGACGGCGGAUAGUUACCGUGUGUUGAAGACUGUACAGCGUUGCGCGGACGUGUACUUGCCGUUGCGCUUGCGUGCGACGCCGGAGGUGCGGCACCGACUGCAAACGCUGUUUGCGACGGUUUUUCACGUGCUUGGACUGCCUGCGCCGAUCCAGGAGCUUGCGCACGACUAUACAAAGAACCUGGAAGCGUUCGGCUUCUCGGACACGGACGUGCAGGAGAUGGUCCGAUACAACGUGGCCGACCACACGCACGUGUGGCGCGGCGGUCCGCGUGCUUGGUUGGCUGGCGAAGACGCGUGGUCAGUGGAGAGUUGGUGUUCCCCCGUUUGGCUGCUUCUGUUUGUCAAGUUGGCUCACUUGCUGCUUUUGACAUUCGUUGCCGCACCCGCGCUUCUGUGCGCCCUGCCCGUCCGACUUUGCAUCAACCAUGCGGCCGCCAAAUAUCGCGUAAAAGCCACCCGCAGCAGCUCCGUGAAGCUCAGCGGCGUGGACGUGGUCGCGUCUUACAAAAUACAAAUGUUCUUCACUGUUGUGCCGGCCAUGAUCCUGUUAAUCUCGCUGCUUCUUGCGCUUGCCCUUAGUCGUACAUUGCUUCAAUUCGCCUUCAACCUAGCCAGCUUCUUCGCAUUAUGCAGCUUCGCAGUCUACUACGGCCUUAGACUCACCCUACGUACCUCCCACCUCGUCAAACAAGUCAAAUGCUACUACGCAAUGUGCCUCACCGAAACCUCCGCUACCGAGGCAGGUGCGGCCAUGAUGGCCGAAAGAAAUGAACUACAACUCCGCGUCAGAGACUACAUCCUACAUCUCGCCGAAGACGCCGGCCUCCGCGCCGAAGACGCCGGCCUCCGCGCCGAAGACGCCGGCCUCCGCGUUGAUGAAACUAUCAACCCUGACAUCAAACUUGACCCCAAGGUCACCAAGGCACUAACACUCCUAGAAGCCCUAGUCCCCUUCGCUUUAAUCGAGACCGACAGCGACCGGAUCAGAAAGAAAGCCAGUAAGCACACACACCACGCCGCACCCACAGACAUGUGUUUCUUCAGCACACAUUAG